CCUGCCAUCUGACUUAACAUACCGAAGUAAUUUUAUAGAUUUUUCCUCACUCUAAGAAGAAUGUAUGACGACGAGGAUUACAGCUCUUCUGACGAUGAGGAUUAUGUUCCUGAUGAUGGGGAGAUUGUGAGUGAGGAGGAGAACUCUGGAGAUGAAGAGGAUCUAAGUGUACUGAAAGAGGAUCAAGAUGAGACUGAAGCCAAAGGAGGGCGUGGCAAACGCAAAAAAUCAAAGAAGAAAUCUUCAGAUCUUGCAGCAAGGAAAAGAAAAGGUGGAAUAAAGCUAGAUGAUGAUACAAAUGAGACAGAAGAAACAGAAGAUGACAAACACAAAAAGGAGCUGUCAGAACAGAUAGAAAAAGAGAAAAUGGAAAAGAAAGAAGAGCAAGAGAAGAAACGAACGGAAAAUUUAUGGGCCAGUUUCCUGUCUGAUGUUGGUGGAAGGCCCAAACCCAAACCAGCUCCUUCAUCAGGUUUAGGGGCUCUAGGCAAUCUCUCAAAGCCAUGUACCUCAUCGUCACCUAAGUCAGUUACACCCACUUCAACACCAGUAAAUGCCACAGGAAAGGUCAAAGUUACAAAAGUUUAUGAUUUUGCAGGAGAAGCUGUUGAAGUUACUAAAGAAGUUGAUGUGAAUUCCAAAGAAGCAAAAGCUGCUCUAAAAGAAAAAGAGACAGCAGACAAGCCGGAAGAAUCUCCAUCACCUGUCGCUACAACAGCCACAUCAGCAUUUUCUGGGAAGGGGCCAGGGAUCAAGCGACCAGGCGGAGGACUUGGAGGAGUACUAAACAGUAUCAACAAGAAACCUAAAAUGGGAACACUGGAAAAAUCAAAGCUUGACUGGAACAGUUUCAAAGAACAAGAAGGAAUAUCUGAAGAACUAAAGAUCCAUAACAGAGGAAAAUCGGGGUACCUGGAAAGAAUGGCAUUUUUGGAACGUACAGAUCAUCGACAGUUUGAAAUUGAAAAGGGUCUUAGACAGAGCAACAGCAAAAGAUGACAACUCGAUGUCAGUAGAAACGCUACGGGGAGACAACCAAUCAAGAACAGAACUUUAUUGUCAUACAGCCAAAUCUAUAUCGACAGUCUUCUAUUUCAAAUUGAAGCAACCAUAAUAUGUAUCAGUGUGUACUUGGUCAACAUUACAUUUAAAAUCUGAUUGGAAACUAAUAUGGAUGUGAAAAAGAAAUCUUAGACCAAGAUGUUUGUCAAGGUUACCGAAAUGUUCGUUUUAAAUCAGUUAGUUAUACCAGGUUUGUGCAAUGGACCAUGUAUUUCUGACGUAUCAAGUAAGUGAUCGUGAAACUGAAAGAUGAUAUACAAAGUGUGCAGCUUUAAAAACAUAUUACUUGAAGAUACCUGGUUUGUGUUAUACAAGAUUUUUUGUUAAUUCAAUCAAGUGGUUUUAGGCACUACAUUCUAGAUUUCUGCAUCUGUAUAGAUUAAAUAUUUCAGAUAAACCAGGUUAUUACAAAGUAAAGAUUCCAUCCAAGCAUACUAGAUUGAAAGGACAAUCUUAACACUGGACCUUUUCCCGAUUUUCAUGAUAGAUAGCACAAUUUUUGUACCUGCUUCUGAUAAAGGUUUUGCCAUGAAUAUAGACGCAGUUGAUGAAAUAUCAGUCGGGAGAACUAACUUCAUUGUGCAAAAUCAUCACUCCACAAUUUUGUUACCAGGUUAGAAUUUUGACCACACAGGACAAAGAACAAAGUUUGAUUACAAAGUUGUUCAGCUUGUAAAAGAGGUUAAUAAUCAAUAGUUCAGAUUGUAAAUUUGAAUUAAACAUUGAUCCUAGGUAACUGUCAAGUGAUAGAGCAAAAAGGAUGUGAAGUGUUUGAUUUCAAAAAUGUUGUGACUUUCAUGUUGUGAUACUGUGAAUAGGUCCGUUUCGCAGGUUCCAUUAUUAAAUUUUUGUACAUAA